UGUAUAUAUAAUCUUGAAGAGAAAGGCAAGACCAAGGGUAGGAGAGAGAAAAAAAAAAUUUUUUUAAAAAAACGGCAAAUGAAUGGUUUACGUUGUUAUGGGGUUUCAAGCACGAAAACAUUUACUUUGGUUUCUCUAUUUCUCCUCCCUCUUAGCCUAUGUUUGUGUUUAGCCAACGCAGCCUUCGACCUCAACACCAUUCCUUUCAAUGAUGGAUUCUCUCAUCUCUUCGGUGAGGGCAAUCUCGUUCGCUCACCCGACGGCAAGGCUGCUCGUCUCCUCCUCGAUCGCUUCACAGGGUCUGGUUUCAUAUCCACUAGACAUUACCAGCAUGGAUUCUUUAGCGCAAGGAUUAAGUUGCCGGCGGAAUAUACAGCAGGAAUUUGUGUUGCCUUCUAUACAUCAAACGCUGACGUAUUCGAGAAAACCCACGAUGAGUUGGACUUCGAGUUCUUAGGAAACGUCGAAGGGAAACCGUGGAGGUUCCAAACCAACCUGUACGGAAACGGAAGCACGAGUCGUGGUAGGGAAGAGCGUUAUCGUCUCUGGUUCGAUCCUACAAAGGAAUUCCACCGGUACAGCAUUCUUUGGACGGCCAACAUCAUCAUAUUUUACAUUGAUGAAGUUCCAAUUAGAGAGAUUGUAAGAAAUGAGGAAAUGGGAAUUGAUUUCCCAUCAAAGCCAAUGUCCUUAUAUGCAACAAUAUGGGAUGCAAGCAAUUGGGCCACAUCCGGUGGCAAGUAUAAAGUGAACUAUAAAUAUGCACCUUUUGUAGCAGAAUUCAAGGACUUAGUCCUUGAUGGCUGCCCUCUUGAUCCUAUUGACCAAGUCCCUGCCGCCAUAGCUUGUGCGGACAAGGACACUGAACUCCAAAGCAAAGACUUCAACUUCAUCACGCCGGAGCGCCGCUCUGCCAUGAGGAAGUUCCGGCAGCAUUACAUGUACUACUCCUAUUGCUAUGAUACAUUGAGGUACCCUGUGCCACCACCUGAGUGUGUCAUUGUUCCAUCCGAGAAGCAGCGGUUUAAGGACACUGGUAGGUUGAAGUUCGGUGGCAGCCACCGCCGUCAGUCGAGGCGGAGGAGACAUACUCGAGUCAAUCGCCCUAUCUCAACGGACGAUCAGCUUGAUAUGUAAUCAUUUAUAUUUAUAUAUCAUUGAUGAUCAUGUAAAUUACAAUAAACUUUGAUUUAUAUAUGUUGCUUGAUUAUUCUUUUUUAUUUUGCUUCAAUUGUUUUGUUUGAUUAUAUGACUUUUAUAAUUUGAAAUAUAUAGAUUAUAUGGAUUGAAUUAGUAA